CCCACCUGUGGACAGCCUAGGGUUUUUUCAUGACUUACAACAAGGACUUAGCGAAGUAUAUUAGGUGUGUCAAAUUCUAUUUUUUUUUUUUUUCACCGCUUUUAUCAAGACAAUCUCUCUCCCUCUCCCUGUGUUAAUAUCUCUCGAGAGUCGAGACUCAUGACACAUUCGUUAGUUGCAAGGUAAGUACGUAGUCUCUGUUAACUAAGUAUCGGCUUUAGUCUCCUUAUUUGUAUUUAUAUAUUAUAUCCGUUUAGUUAUUUACUUAUUUAUUUGAUGAGCUUGGUAUAUAUAGAAUGAUCAAGAAGGUGGAAGAGGAGGACCUUGUGUCUGGAACAUUCACCUGGAGAAUUGACAAUUUUUCUAAGUUGAAAAAGUACCAGCAUUACUCUGAAGUUUUCGUCAUUGGUGGUUAUAAAUGGCGGAUGCUUAUAUAUGCAGGGGGAAACAACGUCGAUUGCUUGUCUGUGUAUUUGGAUGCUGCAGAGGCUUCAACAUUACCAUAUGGGUGGAACAGAUAUACAAAGUUCAAGCUCACCCUCGUUGAUCAAUUUGAUACCAACAAGUCAAUAACAAAGGACUUGGAACAUACGUUUACGGCAAGCACAGCUGACUGGGGCCUUACAUCAUUCAUUCCUCUAAGUGAGCUUCAUCGCCAUGAUACGGGGUACCUGGUGAAUGAUGUAUGUGUUGUUGAAGUUGAAGUUUCAGUUCGUAACGGUAUUAAAAUUUUAGAAGACCAAGAAACUGGUGAGCUUAUGGAUUUCAGGGGUUUAGUGCGAAUAGGGAAAAAUUUUGUUCCAUUGUUGGAGGAAGUUUGUUCGUCGUAUCCUUCUUUGAUUGAGUGCCAGAUGAAGAGGAGUCGUACGUUUGUUCAAUGUGCAUUCACAGCUCUGGGCCGAGUCUUGCAUUUUCUGAAGACUACAAAGGCCAAGGAUAUGAACGCUGAUGCUUGUCAACGUCUUCAACUGUUAUGGGAGGAGCUUGAAGCUUUCAAAUUUGACUUGGCUUGGCUGAAGCCUCAUGUUCUAUCUGUUUUUGGCAUGAUGAAGAAGGUAGGAAUAGUGAAUAGACUGAAAGAAGAUGUCGAUGUUUUGGAGAACGAAAUAAAGACGCGUCGGGCUAUCUUAGCGGACGCAGAAGCCGAGCUUGAGGUAGCAAAAAGAAAUUUGGCAGAGGCAGAAGAAGAGUACUUCAGCAAGAUAGAUAUGGAUAGUGAGCUAGGCUAUCCGUUAGCUUAAUUUACG